CAUUGGCCGCGGAUGGCCACGUGACCACGAAUUGGCUGCAAUUUCGCCCCAGUCUCGAGUUUAAUAGAGCAAGGUCCCCAUACGCCUGUAUUAUCAGCAAUAUAACAAUUAUAAAAAGCCCGAGAACCAUCAUCAUCACUGCCAUAAAAACUGAGGCCCUCAGAUUUCUUCCUCUCUUCCCCUCCUCCUUCCUCCCCCCCUCCCGCUUUUUAAAGCCUGGGCCCUGGAAAAGCCAUGAAUUUUGAAUUUGAGAGGGAGAUCGGGUUUAUAAAUAGCCAGCCUUCGCUCGCAGAGUGCCUGACGUCUCUUCCCGCUGUCCUGGAGACAUUUCAAACUUCAUCAAUCAAGAACUCGACAUUAAUUCCUCCUCCUUUUGAGCAAACCGUCCUCAGCCUGAAUCCUUGUUCCAGCAGCCAAGGAAGACCGAGGAGCCAAAAAAGAGCAUCUCAUGGCCUGCUCCAGCCCCAGCCUCCGGCACAGCCCGGCCCCUUGGCAGCGGAAUUCCCCUGGAUGAAGGAGAAGAAAUCGUCCAAGAAAGCAACCCAGGCUCCAUCCUCGUCUUCCUCCUCUUCCCCCCCAUCAUCUUCCUCGUUGCCGAUCCCUGCCGCAGGAUCUCCCGCAGACACCCAGGGGCUCGCAGACACCAGCGGCUCCAGGAGGCUCCGAACGGCGUACACCAACACGCAGCUCCUGGAGCUGGAGAAGGAAUUCCACUUCAACAAAUACCUCUGCAGGCCCCGCCGGGUGGAGAUCGCGGCUCUUCUCGACCUGACCGAGCGGCAAGUCAAGGUCUGGUUCCAGAACCGCCGCAUGAAGCACAAGCGGCAGACGCGGCACAAAGAGCCCCCCGACGGGGACGCCGCCUGCCCCGGCCCGGACGAGGGCAGCGACCCCCUGGACGAGGCCGAGGACGGCCCCGCGCUGGGGCCCAGCCGCGGCCAGGCGCGCCCCGAGCCGCCCGGGGGCCCCCGGAGUCCGGCGCAGCCCCGCGCCGCCGCCUCCCGCCCGCAGCGCGCCCGCCCCGGCGGCCGGGACUCGCCUUCGCUGCCGGAGCUGGGCAUCUUCUCGGCAGAGCCCUGCCUGCAGCUCUCCCCCGACCUGCAGGACUCCCUGGGGAGCCCCGUCCACUUCUCCGAGGAAGACCUGGACUUCUUUGCAAGCGCACUUUGCGCUGCAGAGCUGCAGCACCUGAAUUUCCAGUAGCGGGCCCGCUCCCCGCCUGCCGCUGCUGCCCCGCCAGGCCGAGGCGCCCCCGGCCCCGCUGCCAGCUGCCCCCGGCUGCGGGGGGGGGGGGGGGCGCCCCCGAAAACGCCCCCGAGCCACCAUUCGUUCAAUCACCCCCCCCCCCCCCCCGUGCCCCAAACUCUUUCUUCCGAGAAUCGCGUUGCAGGACCCGAAUCACACUCGCAGUAUUUAUUUUACAAGGCUCACAUAAAAGAGUAGGGGUUUUAUUAUUAUUUUGUAAUUAAAACCAGGUUCUUAAUUACAGGCUUCUUUCUUAUUUAUUUUAAAGACGGCGCCCGAUUAUUUUCACGCACAUCAGACAUGUCAGGCCUCGAGAGAAAACAUUUGUAAAUCCUUCAAGUGACUUUCUCAGGAAUCAGAAUGAGACUUUUAGAUUUCCUAAUAAAAUGAUAAUGAUAAUAAUAAUAAUAAAACAGAGGAAUUUUCUUUCCUCUUUUUAAGUUGUAGAUGUAGACUAUUUAUUAAAAUCUUUUAAUAGUAAAUGACAAAUUAUUUAUUGUACAUUAUUUUCAUAGAGUAAAUAAAUGCCUUUACAAAACUAAGAAACGUGGGUUGCUAUAUAUUUCAUUCGAAAUUGUUAUCUCUUUUUUUUUUUUUUUUUUUUUUUUUCCUAAACCAGUCUCCUUCCUCUUCCCUGAUUUGCAGCAAUCUGGUGUCUUUAUAGUCUGUUCAUGUGCACUGAGAGAGAGGACAAAAGAAAUUGCUCCCAACUAAUACUGCAAGAGUCUUCGUGAGUCAGAAAUAUUUGCCCUGUUCCGUUCUGUCUGCGUUUCCUUUGAGCUUGUUUUUUAAUGUUAUUAUUAUUAUUAUUUUUAAUAAAUCGAAGCCGGGUAUUUGUUUCCCAUGC